AUGGUUAAAUCACUACUACGUAUUACACGAAUACACUCUGGAAUCGAUUGUUGUUCACGGGAGCGGAUGAGUGAACAAUUGGAGUCGUCUACGUUAGAGGAAGGUGAUAGGUCGGGUUCUAUAUGUCCACGUGAUAAAGAUAUUAGAGAUGAUUCUUUGCAGGAUAGAAAUGUAGAUCGACAUGAACAUUUGGAAGAGUUGGUGAAGAGAGCUACUGCACAGAAAGUUAUUUGCCAACAAUUGAGACAGGAAAAUACUUACCUUCAAGAAUAUUUAGAGAAUAUAAUGGGUUCAGGUAAUGUGUUGGGAAAGUGA